CAGCCCUACCGGUAGCAGCAGCGGUAGCAGCAACGGUAGCGGUGGUAGUGGUAGCGGAAGGAGGAGGCGGUGGGGGAGGAGGAGGUGACUCGCCGCCGAGAUGCACCAGGUGCCGUACAGAGCGGGACUCACCUCGAACGCAGGUCGAAAUCGGAGCCGCUGGGAGAAGAGUUUGUUGGCCAGUCGUCGAACGAGAAGGCGCGACCCGCCUUCGAUCGACGCGAAUCGUUCCCAUGGAUCCCGCGAUCGGCGACGGGACGACGGAGGAGAGGAUCGAGGAGAGGAUCGGGAAGAGGAUCGGGAAGAGGAUCGGGAGGAGCGCGAAGAGGAGCGCGAAGAGGAGAGAGAGCGCGAGUCGCCCGCGACGGUGCGCCUCGUCUCGAGGUACAGCAGCUGCAGAACGAACUCUUGCCUGCUGCCCUCGAAUCUGCUGCUGAUAGGCCUGGCGAUCUGCUGGCUGACCCUGACGGCGGUGCAACCUCGGCAAAACAAUCACCAUCAAACGUGUCCAGGUUGCCCGCAUCAACAGCAACAGCAUCAACACGUGCACGAGGCGCACCGGGGCGGUGGUCCGAAAGACGCCGCCGCGCCCAGCCCGGACGAUCUCCGAUUGGAGGCCAUCAAGCACCAGAUUUUGACGAAGCUCGGCCUGAGGAGCAGGCCGGACGUGAACAGGACGCUGGCGACGGUCCCGAGACACUUGGCCCUCGAGACUCUCUACAGAGCCGAGGCGCAAUCCUUUCGUUACCCGGACAAGACGCGAAACGAGCACGAGAACGUGUACUCGGCCGAGUUUCUCUACGGCGACGACGACUACUCCUAUCGGAAUCUCGACCAGCAAGCCGAGAGUCCCACCGAGGACACCGCCGGGAUCGGUUACGGGGACCACGAGGACCAGGACGCGCAAGAAGAGAUGGACGACUUUUACGCGAGGACCUCGGAGAUCAUCACCUUCGCCGAGCCCGGACGAACGCUGAACGGGCAACCGUUGCUGGAGUUCCCGAUGUCCAGCGGGGAACCGGCCUUGGAACCCCUCAGGAUCAAGCGAGCUACUCUCUGGGCGAGAGUCGAGUUCAGGCACGCCCAUCACUAUCAGCGUCACCGUACGGGACAGACCAACCAAAGAAACAUCACUCUAUGGGUAUUCAGGGUACGUUGCGGCAACACGACGCACCUGCGUGGAAAGCGGAGAGAAACAGAGGCGAAUACACCGCGGCUUGGUAUCUCAGGAACUCGGGCAACACCUGGAGAUGGUAACGUCUCUGGGGGUGAACAUCGGUCAGCUCGGCUGGCUAAAGUUCGACGUGACCAGAGUCGUGAACAGCUGGUACACGGCGAGCGGAGAUUCGACGAGGGACAAGUUGACGCUGCUGGUCGACUGCACCGGGUGCGGUUCCCACGUCUACGUGUCGACGUUCGACGGACACUCGCCGCACGUGAUCGAGUCCUCCUUGAACGCGAAAGGUGCCGAGGAUCCGGACAGGCCGUUCCUGGUGGUGCGGACGGAUCCGGCGGCGGUGAAGCGCGUGAGGAGACGGGCGGUCGAGUGCAGCGGCGCGAUCAAGGGCCAAUGCUGCAAGCAGAGGUUCUACGUGAACUUUUCUCAGCUCGGCUGGGACGACUGGAUAAUCGCGCCUCAGGGGUACUACGCGAACUACUGCAGAGGAGACUGCGCUGCCGGGCACAGGACACCGGACACGUUCCUCAAUUAUUACACUCACGUGAUCGAGGAGUACCGGAAGAUGGAUCGGUUGGCGGGCAUGCAGCCGUGCUGCGCUCCCCUCAAGUUCUCGCCGAUGUCGUUGAUCUACUACGGUCCGGACUCGAACAUCAUCAAGAGGGAUUUGCCGAAGAUGGUGGUCGACGAGUGCGGUUGUCCUUAAGAGACCGUGACGUCGCGUCGUUGCUUCCGUCCGGAGAUAAUUCCGAGCCGCGCGAAACGGACAAGGACGGUUCCGUUCUCGAUCUCGAUCUCGAUCUAAAUCUCGGUCUCGGUCUCGAUCUCGAUCCCGUUGCGAUCUCUUACAGAUACAUCUCUGUCACAACCUCUGCCGAGGUUGCAGCCGAAGCCGAGAUGGUUCGCGAAUCUAUUAGAAACAAUUUAUACGGACGAGCAGGAACGAAAAGCGGGCACGGGAGGGAGAUAGAGAUAGAGACGGAUGGAUAGAUAGAUAGAGAGCGGGAGAGAGGGCGGGGGAGACGAGAAAACGGGGAGGAAGGGAGAUUGAAAGAGAGGGCGACGGAGAGUAGGGGGGAUCGGGCGUAGACGACGAUCUUUUUGAUCGAAGUCCGUCUAGCGUGACGUUGGAUACGUUCCAGACGAGCCUGGACGCGGUCCGACUUAGAUUCGUUGGUAGCUUUACGGACGCGUUCCGAGUUCGUCCGUGAACCCAUCGGAAACACGGCCAGACAAAAAUGUAUCCCCGAACGUCCUCGAACCAGGUCCAAGCAAAUUGUUCUUACAAAUUAGAGAAAGAUCGGAAUUUCCCAGCGACCGCGGGGUCCCGAGGAUUUCCUAGCGAACGAGGAACGCCCAGCAAACGAUGGUGCGAGCCGAUCCUGCGAACCGAUCGUCGGUUUUAGGCGCAGCUAGAUUCGCCGACGACUGUAUUCGCAAUCGCUAGCGAAAACUAGGGUCAACGUAUGUUUGCCUGUUGCUGUAUUUGUGUCUGUAUGCAUGCGUGCGCGCCAGGAAGAGAAAGAGAAAGAGAAAAAGAGAGACCGAGAGAAAGAGGGAGAGAGCGCGCGCGCGCGAGAGAGAGAGAAAGAGUAAGAGAAUAAGAGUGAACGAGAUACGCUCGCAGUCGGACUGCCAGGAAAGAGUUUACCCAACGAGGUUUCUAGAUAGUAUAAUAAAAUUGAAUUACACUUGAACGUCGAUGCGACUCGGAGCGACGAAUGCGCGAAAGCGAGUAUAGGCAGAAACAGAAAAGGCGAGAGAGAGAGAGAGAGAGAAUGGAAUGAAAGGGACGAAGAGGAUGGUACAGCGUGGAAACAGAUGUGAGAUACAGUGGGAAUCAAAGGGAAACCUCGAUCGGUUAAGGUAUAAGCAUCUUUUACGAAAUAUUAAAUUUAAUAUAAUAGGGAUAGGUAUAUAACUAUAAAGUUGGUUUCUACGCGGUUAGUAAAUUGUAUCGAAGGAAAGGUAGCAAAGAUGCGCGCGGGAAUCAAUCGAAAUUCUUACCGAGAGCUUAGUCUUUUCUUAUUAAUUGCGCGCGUUACGGGGGGAGUACGCGAUGUUCAACGAUGAAAGUAAAAAAACUACUGAAAGUAAAAGAAAGAGAGAAAGUGAUUUCACAUAUUUAUUAUGUAUAUAUUCUAUAUACGACGAUACAAAGAACAUACGAGGUGAUUCGUGCCGAGUAGGAGAUACUUAAGCGUGGGUGUGUGGUUAAACUUUAAGAUGUAAACGAUAGGAAGAACAAAAAAAAAAGAAACACUCAAUCCGAUUGCCUUGUUUUUUACGCGGAACGUAUGAAAGUAUCGAGUAAACGAUUUAGCAAAAAAGGACAAGCGAGCUACUAUACUGUUAAGUGCUCUACACGCAUAUACAUUUCUAUGCUAUACGUACUACACGUGGAUCUGUAUGUGCGCGUACGAAUAUGAAUACGAUUACGAAUACGAAUAUGAAUUUAAACAAAA